GACGCUUUCUCCUUAGCAACCAGCGUGGCUCCCACCAUGGCUGAAGAAGAGGAAGUUGCUGCCUCGACGGAGAAAGUUAUCCGGAUCCAGAGGGUGUUUAUAAACCUGCUGGACUCUUACAGCAGCAGAAACAUCGGGAAGUUCCUAUCCAACUGUGUAGCUGGGGCUUCACUUGAAGAAAUUACAGAAGAGGAGGAGGAGGAAGAUGAAAGUAAGUCAGCCACGCCUGAAGCCUCAUCAACCAAAAGGAAGGAAGGCACGUUUCAGAUUGUGGGCACGCUUUCCAAGCCCGAAAACCUUCGGCCUGAUUUUGCCGUGGAGACAUACUGUGCCAUCUCUCGCGAAGACCUUCUCAUGCGCCUGCUGGAGUGUGAUGUGAUUAUUUAUAACAUCACUGAGAAUCCACAGCGGGUGGAGGAAGCCAUCUGGGCAGUCUCUGCACUGAAUGAAGAGGUCAGCCAUUUUGAGAAGCGAAAAGUGUUUAUUUUAAUAUCCACAGUGAUGACUUGGGCACGAUCCAAACCACUGGGCCCUGAUGAUUCUGAGAUGCCAUUUACUGAGGAUGAUUAUCGAAGACGAAGGCACCAUCCUAAUUUUCUGGACCACAUAAAUGCUGAAAAAAUGGUUCUCAAAUUUGGAAAAAAUGCAAAAAAAUUCUCUACAUACGUAGUUGCCGCUGGACUUCAGUAUGGAGAGGAAGGAGGCUUCUUACAUACUUUUUUUAAGACAGCUUGGUUGGGUGAUGCCCCUGCCUUACCGGUCUUUGGAGAUGGAACAAAUGUAAUUCCAGCAAUUCAUGUUCUUGACCUAGCAGGAGUGAUACAAAACAUAAUAGACCACGUGCCGAAGCAUCGUUACCUGGUAGCCGUGGAUGACUCUGCUCAUACCCUGGGAGACUUAGUCAAGUGCAUCAGUAGAACGACUGGCCCUGGGAAAAUCCAGAAAGUACCCAAAGAAAAUGCUUUCCUAACCAAGGACUUAACACAAGAGUGUAUUGACCAUUUUUUGGUCAACUUGAGAAUGGAAGCAGUCUUUGUGAAGGAGAAUUUUAACAUUCGAUGGGUGGCCCAAACAGGAUUUGUGGAAAAUAUCAACAAUAUCCUCAAAGAGUACAAGCAAAGCCGAGGAUUAUUGCCAAUCAAAAUUUGCAUUCUUGGUCCUCCUGCUGUGGGCAAAUCCAGUAUUGCAGAAGUAUUGUCCAAGUACUACAGACUGCAUCACAUUAAAUUGAAAGAUGUCAUUUCUGAAGCCAUAGCAAAACUGGAGGCGAUUAUUGCACCAAGGGAAGGAAUGGAAGGAGAAGAAAGUGAGGAGGAGGAGGAAGAAGAGAAUGUGGAAGACGCUCAGGAGCUCUUGGAUGGCAUCAGGGAGAGCAUGGGGCAGAACGCAGGCCGACUAGACGAUCAAUAUAUAAUUAGAUUUAUAAAAGAAAAGCUAAAAUCUAUGCCUUGCAGGAAUCAAGGUUACAUUUUAGAUGGAUUCCCAAAGACCUAUGAUCAAGCCAAGGACCUGUUCAGCCAAGACGAGGAGGAAGAGGAAGAAAUCAAAGGCAAAAUGUUUCCCUAUGAUAAAUUAAUCAUACCUGAAUUCGUUUGUUCGCUGGACGCCUCGGAUGACUUCCUGAAGGAGCGAGUGAUGAAUCUUCCAGAGAACAUCGUGGCGGGGACCCACUAUAGCCAUGACCGGUUCCUCCGAACUCUGAGCAACUACCGGGACAUCAAUACCGAAGAUGAGACAGUCUUCAACUAUUUUGAUGAACUUGAAAUCCACCCAAUACAUAUUGAUGUAGGAAAACUUGAAGAUGCACAGAACAGACUUGCUAUCAAACAGCUCAUCAAAGAGAUCGGGGAGCCUCGAAAUUAUGGAUUAACGGAUGAAGAAAAGGCAGAAGAGGAGCGCAGGGUUGCGGAGGAACGCCUGGCCAAGGAGGCUAUGGAGGAAGCCGAACGAGAGCAAAAGGACGCCGUAGAGACAGCAGAGAGGAUUGCUCGCUGGGAGGAAUGGAAUAAACGACUAGAGGAAGUGAAAAGAGAAGAAAGAGAAUUACUAGAGGCCCAGUCUAUUCCCCUGAGAAACUAUUUGAUGACCUAUGUUAUGCCAACGCUGAUGCAGGGCCUGAAUGAGUGUUGUAAGGUCAGACCAGAUGAUCCCGUUGAUUUUCUGGCAGAAUAUCUCUUCAAGAAUAACCCAGAAAUGCAGUGAAACUUUAAAGAUCUCAUGUCACAUACCUUUAUGGAGAUGAGUUUAACAUUGUAAUUAUAAAAAUUGCUUCAAACAAUGCUGCUCCAGUUUUUGGAAAAUUCUUUUUUGUUUUCCCUGCAAUCACAUACUUUAUUAAGUAGAGUCCUUAUAAAAUGCUAUAUGGCAAUGAGUGACUACUUCAUUAAAAUUCUAUUUGAAAGACA